AUGGCCCAGUCUUCCCUCGAUGUCUUGCUGAAAGGCAGCUCCGGCAAGAGCACACGCGGUCUAUUGCGGAUCAUCAUCCUGCUCACGAUCGCUGCGGCCGCCGUCGCCAGUCGCCUUUUCAGUGUUAUCCGAUUUGAAAGUAUUAUUCACGAAUUCGAUCCGUGGUUUAACUUCCGAGCAACAAAAUACCUUGUCCAAAAUGGCUUCUACAGUUUCUGGGAUUGGUUUGAUGACCGUAUGCUUCCCCCUUCCCAAUGCUUGCGUGUUGUUAGGUCCCCCCGGUAUCACAGAGCAGCGCUGAUACAAUUCCUUCCCCAUUUAGGAACAUGGCAUCCUCUGGGUCGUGUCACUGGUGGCACUUUGUACCCCGGUCUGAUGGUGACCAGUGGUGUCAUCUACCACAUCCUCCGCCUCCUCACAAUUCCUGUCGAUAUUCGCAACGUUUGUGUUCUUCUUGCCCCCGGAUUUUCCGGCCUGACUGCCCUGGCAAUGUACCUCUUGACCCGUGAGAUGUCUCAUUCCCCAUCCGCUGGUCUUCUUGCAGCUGCAUUUAUGGGCAUCACUCCCGGUUAUAUCUCUCGUUCCGUGGCUGGUAGCUACGAUAACGAAGCCAUUGCCAUUUUCCUGCUUGUCUUCACCUUCUUCCUGUGGAUCAAGGCUGUCAAGAAUGGCUCAAUUAUGUGGGGUGCAUUGACUGCUCUGUUCUACGGAUACAUGGUUUCUGCUUGGGGUGGAUAUGUCUUCAUCACUAACCUCAUUCCUCUCCACGUGUUCGUUCUGCUCUGCAUGGGUCGCUAUAGCUCUCGCCUUUACAUAAGCUAUACCACCUGUGACCAUAUGUCGGCUCUGGGUGUCUUCGGUCUCAUUCAGCUCGUCGCAUUUGCUGAAUUUGUUCGCGCAUACCUGCCCGGCAAGCAGUUCCAGAAGCUUCUCACCUCCAUGGUCCUGCUUACCUUCGGCCUUGGAUUCACUGGUCUCGUCCUUCUCUCUGUCUCUGGCGUCAUUGCUCCCUGGAGUGGACGUUUCUACUCCCUGUGGGAUACCGGCUAUGCUAAGAUCCACAUUCCUAUCAUUGCCUCCGUCUCUGAGCACCAGCCUACCGCUUGGCCUGCUUUCUUCUUUGACCUGAACUUCUUGAUCUGGCUUUUCCCCGCCGGUGUUUUCAUGUGCUUCCAGAACCUGAAGGAUGAGCAUGUCUUUGUGAUCAUCUAUGCUGUCCUCUCCAGCUACUUCGCCGGUGUCAUGGUUCGUCUGAUGCUGACUCUCACCCCGAUUGUCUGUGUCGCUGCCGCUCUGGCUCUUUCGACCAUCUUUGAUAGCUUCCUGGUUAUGACCAAGCCUACCCCCGAGAGCAAGGAGAAGGCGAACGCGGACAAGUCCAAGGCGUUCUCGUCGACCAAGAAGCCCGUUGUCGGCAUCUACUCCUACUUCUCGAAGGCUAUUGUGACUGGCUCCCUGACCAUCUACCUUCUGAUGUUCGUUGCUCACUGCACUUGGGUCACCUCGAAUGCGUACUCGUCUCCUUCAGUUGUGCUCGCUAGCCGCCUGCCUGAUGGAAGCCAGCACAUCAUCGAUGAUUACCGUGAGGCCUACUACUGGCUCCGUCAAAACACUGAGGACAAUGCCAAGAUCAUGUCCUGGUGGGAUUACGGCUACCAGAUCGGUGGUAUGGCCGACCGUCCCACUCUUGUUGACAACAACACCUGGAACAACACCCACAUUGCCACCGUUGGUAAGGCCAUGAGCUCUCGCGAGGAAGUCAGCUACCCGAUCUUGCGCCAACACGAUGUCGACUAUGUUCUGGUCGUGUUCGGCGGUCUCUCCUCGGGUAUCUGGCCCGACGAGAUCAAGGAGCGUGACUUCUUCACUGCUCGCGGUGAAUAUCGCGUUGACGAGGAGGCCACCCCCACCAUGAAGAACAGCCUGAUGUACAAAAUGUCUUACUACAACUACAACUCUCUCUUCCCGGCCGGACAAGCCGUUGACCGCGUUCGUGGCGUUAAAUUGCCCGCGGAGAGCCCGACGCUUAACACUCUCGAGGAAGCGUUCACCAGUGAGAACUGGAUCAUCCGUAUCUUCAAGGUCAAGGAUCUCGACAACUUCGGCCGUGAUCACAGCAACGCUGUUUCAUUUGACAAGGAUCUGAAGCGCAAGCGCGCGACUAAGAAGAAGGGACCUCGCGUUCUGCGAACUGAGUAA